GUAGGCAGCGCGGCGCUCCCAGUGCCCCGCGCCGCAUUGCCAUGGCUGCUGGUGGCGGCGUCGCCCCCGCGGGCGAGGGCCUGCGCUACGCGGAGUACUUGCCGCCCCCCACCAAGCGGUCGGACGCCGACAUUGACCCGGGACUGGCAAGAAGUUUGAUAGCUGUGGGGCUGGGUAUUGCAGCUCUUGGAUUUGCAGGUCGCUACGCAUUUCAAAUCUGGAAACCUCUAGGACAAAUAAUCACAGAAACUGCAAAGAAGAUUUCAACUCCUAGCUUUUCAUCCUACUAUAAAGGAGGAUUUGAACAGAAAAUGAGUAGGCGAGAAGCGAGUCUUAUUUUGGGUGUAAGCCCAUCUGCUGGCAAGGCCAAGAUUAGAGCAGCUCACAGGAGAAUCAUGAUUUUGAAUCACCCAGAUAAAGGUGGAUCUCCUUACUUAGCAACCAAAAUUAAUGAAGCAAAAGACUUGCUAGAAGCAACCACCAAACACUGAUCGAUGCUCAGGGACCACUCUGAAGGACAAAAAGGAGGACCUUAUAAAAAAAUGUCCUGCAAGUUAAUCUAAACCAUGGCCUUCAUAAUUUUCAUAUAUGUACUGACCACAGUCAUUUCUUCCAUUACUAAGCUAUACAGUAAUAAAAGAUGAACAGU